UGCCAACGUACGUAGUAGCUGUCAUAACCUUGGUAAUGGCAGUUGUCUAUUUUGGUCGAGAUGUUCCAUUCCCUUCUCAUCUGAUGCGUAAUUGCACCAACAAUAAAGAUAAUUACAUAAGUGCAACCCUCAGUCUUGUCUCACAUGCUAAAGUGAAAUGAAUUUAUGCUGGUAAGAAAAGGAAAUAAUGUCAGUAUAUAGAGAAACCUUUAAUUCUUUAAUUUUGUCUCUAAAAGAAGCCGAAACAGACACACAGAAAUUUGCCACUCUACUAGCGGUUGUGGAUUUUUUGAAGAAAAACGAGCUGAGUAACGAAGACAAAGUAGAGGUGUCUGAGGCUCUCGACUUGCAGUUUCUGAGGAGGCUACUGCACACUAGCAAGCUACCAGAAGGGUGCUCUGAACAUGUGUUUAGAGCAGUCGCUUUGAACGUUUUGACCUACGUCUGUACCGAUGCCUAUAUUCAAUGGGAACAAGUGCUGUUAGAAGAGAUAAGUGUGUUGAAAGAGAUUAUAUCGACAUGUCCUGCAACAUCAGAAGAAGAAAAUAUGGUUAAGGAUUCAUUGCAGUGUAUUUUAUUUUUAGCAACGAAAGACCGUAGUCAUCAGACAGUUCUUCUAGAAAACGAAAUCGACCGGGUGCUUGCCAACAUAUGCGUCGAGGGAAGUUAUGGAUAUGAAAUGGCUCUGCAUAUUUUAUUGACAACAUUCUCGUCUGAAGGAAGAAACACUCUUCCUCCAAAAACAUUCACUAAUCUUAUGAACAAGUUGACCGACGAUUUCUACAAAGAUCAUUCUUCUAAAAAGUUUGAAUUGUGUCAUGUACUUACCGAUAUUUUACAAGUUUGUGCAAACAUUAAAGUAUGUCAAGAAGAACAGUGGUUGUUUACCGUUAGGUAUGCUCUGUAUGAUAUUCUGAGAAGUAAAUUAAGUAAAGAAUAUAGAGAUUCUGCAUUGAAAUUAGCUAGUACCAUGAUGGAGAAAUUUGGUUCGGUGUGGUUGAUAGACGAGAGCGAAGGAUCAAGAAAAUUCUUGGCACUAUUAAUAAAUCUAGCAUGCAUCGAAUCACAAGUUUUAUUACACAAUAAGAAAAUUAAUGAAGUGAUUAAAGAUCUCGAAGUGCUAGUUUCUUGUUACAGCAUUCUGGAAUAUACAGUGUCUUUGUUAGUUGAGGACGGUCUGUCACAUUGGACCGAUCCAAACAUGGAUCAAAUUCUAGUUGCAUUAAAAGAUACAUUUAAUAUUAUUAUUCAGUUUUUUAUUAAUGUAUCUAAAGAAUGGGAUAGCGUAAAAGAUUUAGAUGCUUGUUCCACUGGAAGAGUUCGCCAAGUAACGUGUGCCACGUUUCGCAUAUUAUGUUGUUGGUUGGCAGAAGAAACUUCCAUGCUCCGUAACGAAGUUUAUGAAGCCCUUCCCUUUAUGAUUAAGAUAUCAAAAAGUUCAGUUCGUGCUGUUAAAGACAGUAAACAGAGACCAAAUGCGGCACUCUUUCAAAUUUGGAAUGUGGACAUGAUGCGUUUCAUUUUACCAGUGUUGUGUCAUCUCAGUGCCGACGAUAACGCAAGAAAAAUAUUGCUCGACGAAGAAAUUCCCAUCACAUUAUUAGAUUACUUGCAGUUUCAAUGGAAUGCAAUGUCGACUUCUUCCAAAGCCGAAGAAAUAUCCAUCAUCCUUUCCACUCUCUGCAGCAUACUUCUGAAUAUAGUCGUGUUUGAACGGAAAAAUAUUACAAAAAACGAAAUAUUUUUCCAGCUGUUAAAGUUUUUAUUUUCGGCUCUGUCUACUCUGCAUUCAGGAUCAAAGUUCUUGCAAUUGAAAGCUAAUUUCGCUGUACUCGGCCUAAUGAUAAGUGGAUAUUACUACAACAGGAUACGGCUGUGCGAAACCAGUUUCUGCAAAUUCUUGUCGGCCAGUGUGAAAUUUUUGUGGGAUGCUCAUCACAUCGAAGACACCAGCGAUUCUACAUCAUUCGUUUUGGAUCGAGAAUAUCGUAAAAUCUGGCAAGACAUUAUGGAAUUAUGGUUCUUGGGAAUGCAGGCACUGUCGAAUCUUCUCUCCUGCAUACCUUGGAUUUCGACGUUUCUCUUAGAAAGCGGUUGGCCACAACACAUAGUCACCCAGCUAUCCAGAGUUUCAGAACCGUGCAUCGAAGGAAGCAUAAAGACAGCCUACCAGCAUUUUCUGUACUGCAUCAUCAAGACGUGUCCCGAAGCCAUUCAGGCACUGUUGGACUGCGAAAUCGUGAAAGUGUGUAGAGUUCACAAAUUGAAAGAAUUGGAAUCGUUAUUCGUGUGAGGGGGUCAUUCGGACUUCGGAAAGAAUCAUGGUUGUAGCAAGUAUAUUUAUAAAAUUCAUCCAGUCUUGCCAGCUUAAUUAGUUAAUUGGUGAAAAGGAAUGUGUGGGAAGAAUUUUACACAAAGACUGGAGUACACAUUAAUUUAUAAAUGUCAUAAUUUUUUAGUUGUUAAUGUUUCUCUCUUAAAAAUUUGUAAUUUUUAAAUUUGAAGAUUAAAUUUUUGAUGUA